CUAUUUUGAGAGGGCGCUCGAGUGGGCGUGGCCUAAAAACGCAGCAAAACAUAUGAUUGGGUGACAGCAACGUGGGAGGAUGCGCAGUGUUCGUCGACUCUAUCGGAGAUUAUCUUGUUAUUGUCGCCAUAUCUGUCAGACCGAUAACGCUUUGAUGGAAAAUGAGUUCGACUUCAUAGUUCAGUGUAAGACAUGUAAAAGCCAUUGCCCUGUCCAUUCUUGAGCGAUUAGAACAGUAAUGCACAUAGGUAUGUAGUGCUGUCACUCACUGUCACUGAAACUACAGGCGAUAACAUGGAUGAACACUAGAUUCAACUAAUGUUUCACGCAGAGCGACUAAUGUGAUGGGUGCCGAUACUAGCAAAAACUGCAAGCAGUACACAGGGUCGGAGGAGCAAUCACAAAUAUCCAGAUGGAGGGGAUUUCUCUCUGCUGUGGGUAUUUCUCUCCCAGCUGGUCUCUGCAGAAUCAACCCAUUACGAAUCGGAUCACAUAGAAUGAUUUGUGACAAGGAGCCAUCCAUUCCUGAGCACCUGGUCUCCUCAUUGCCGGGCCCUGAGAAACUCCGAAUGGAAUGGAGUUUGCCAAGCUUUAUCAACAUGUUUCUGCCUGAAUUCCCCCACCGCAAUGUCCCAGGACAUGAACAUUUUCAGGUGCUGGGUUACAUAGCGAAAGGAUCUUUCGGUCCCAUUUUAAAGGUCAAGGAUAAGUCGAAGCAAAAGACCUACGCAGUUAAGGUUAUUCCAAAAUCUGAGAUUUUGCGUUUGGGAGUUUUGGAGCAGUCAAAGGAGGAAGUAAUAGUCCAGCGUCAGGUCCGCCACCCUUUUGUCCACGACCUGCAGGACUGCUGGCAGACCCAGCGACACAUCUACAUUAUGUGUGAUUACUGCAGCACAGGAGACUUGUACACAUACUGGGUGAUGAUUGGUCAGUUCAGAGAGGAUGUGGUAAAAGUGUUUGCUGCUGAAUUGGGUUCUGCUUUAGGGUUCCUUCAUGACUGUGCAAUCAUCCACCGUGAUGUGAAGAUGGAAAAUGUCCUUCUGACAGAUCAGGGCCACCUACGACUGGCUGACUUUGGUUUGUCCCGGCGUCUUGAGCGGGGAGGGAGGGCAUUCACUAUUUGCGGAACAAUUCAAUACAUGGCUCCUGAAGUCCUUAGCGGUGGUCCCUACAACCACACUGCCGAUUGGUGGUCUCUCGGCAUCCUCCUCUUCGCACUGGCCACUGGAAAGUUUCCAGUGUCCCCAGAACCGGAUCACUGUUGCAUGUUGAGGAGGGUACGCAGCUUCCCUUAUGAGAUGCCAAAAAACUUCUCUCCUCCUUUUGCUCUGCUGCUUACAGAGCUUCUUUGUAAGACUCCAGUACGUCGCCUUCGGACACUGGAACGUUUCAGGCGCCAAACCUUUUUCCACGGCACGCCAUUUGAUUCCCAUCUGCUCCAAAAGACCCCCAUGGAGCUGAUCGUGGAGCUGAAGAACCGGCCUGACCGGCCUGCCAAAUCCCGUCGAGGCCUGACCCUGGAGCCCUUCGCAAACUUUGACUGCGACUUUCUCUUAACCUCACCCUGCACACCCACAGUCCCAGACCUUUCCCCAACUCUGGCCAACAUGGAGCGGGUAGAAGCGCUCAUGCAAAUCCAUGUACCUCAGGACGAUGCUUCCCAAAGAGAAGUGUUUGUUUAACUCUUUUUUUUUUUAAAUCACACACUUUAGAGUGUGUUCACACUUGCCAGGUUUGGUUUGAAUAAAAUGAACUCGGGUGCGAUUGCUCUGUUAGUGCGGUUCAUUUGCAUAAGUGUGAACGCUGCCAUCCGAACCCUGGUGCGCACCAAAAAAAGCAGAAUCAGACCCCUGAAAAGAUGGGUCUCGAUCCACUUCCAAACAUAAUAUGAAUGCAACAUGGACCAAAGACAUGUAAAUGAACCAAAAACGGGACAUGAUGUCACAAGAUGCAACCCUAAAAAGAGGUAUUGUUUUGGAUGGUCAGU